CUUGGAUUCUUACUAUUAUUUUUUUUUCACAUUGAUUGAUUCAUUCAUUCAUUUCUUUGGGUAAAACAUUGAUUUGAGUCGUACUGGGAAUACAGCUCAUAAACUAAGCCUUAGAAAACUAAUCUUCAUACAAACAGAGCUCAUUUAAACUCCCCUUUUUUCUUUAAUCAAACACAAUAACAUGACUGUGUUGCUCUUCCAGGUCGUGAUGAAGAUGCUGCUGUGCUGCUCUCUAGCUCUGCUGCUGGUACUCAGCUGCCUGAAGGACGUGAAGAGCAGAGCCAUUCCUCUGUCCAGCUGCUCUGUCAACGUCCACACACAGGAGCUGCAGAAAUACUACUCUGACAUUCGAUCAGACCUGCUCGCCGGAGACAACGAGAUUGGAGUGAAAAUCCUGGACAAAUCACUGAUUAAAGAUGUCCAGGAGGGGCAGAUGUGCUGCUUCAUGCACCUGCUGAUGCGGUUCUACAUCGAGAGAGUUUUCAGCAGCUACACAUCUCCACAGCCAAUAAACCAGCGCUGCUCCAGUGCUCUGGCCAACGCGUUCGUCACCAUCAAAAGAGACAUACACAAAUGUCACUGCCACUGUGGAGAAGAAACCCACAGGAAAAUUGAUUCCAUCCAUGCCGAGUUUACAAAGCUGCAGGUGGACACGGCAGCACGGAAGGCCAUGGGGGAGCUGAACGUUGUGUUGGAGUGGCUGGAGGGCCUGGGUCAAAACCCGGCCUCCUGAACACAUUAAUACACUGGGCAGCAGGGUUACCAGGGUUACCAGGGUUACCAUUUGUUUUAGAUUCAGCUGGAGAAAUGGUCUGCAUUUCUGGAUAUGCACUUGAAUUGAUUUCAUGUUUUUGAAUCAAAUUACUAACAAAAAUAUUACUCACUAUUUAUAAUUGACGUUGCAUAAAUAUAUUUGUC